AUGCACCGUUAUCAUUAUCUUAGCCAGCAUCUGGAUAGUGAAACAACGAUGCCAGGCCGCAAGACGGUUGCCGUUACCCCCUGGACCACCUGGACGUUGGCUAUUAGGAAAUGCGAUGCCGAAAUCAUUAUCACGUCACAGGCUGCAGUGGAUAUCAUGGAAAAAGAGGGAGCAAAUCUUGCCGACCGCCCGCGUUCUAUUGCAGUGCACGAGACGUUGUCUGGCGGGUUGGGAGUGGUGCUUGAGGGCUCUGGUGAGAGAUUGCUCCGGCUGCGCAGGGUCUUCCAUGCAGGUUUGCAACCCAAGGUUGCGGAGACCUACGAACCCAUGCAGACCAGGCAUGCGAAAAAUCUGGUUCUAGAUGUCUUGAAUGAUCCAAAGAACCACCAAGGUCAUGCCAUGCGUUAUUCAGCUUCUGUGGCCAUGUCCUUCAUCUAUGGAAAAAUUACUCCGACUUCAUAUACAGAUCCUGAAAUCGUUGCCAUCAAUAAGUCUCUUGCGCGUUUUGGUCAAGCUAUCCAGCCGGGAGCAUACCUUGUGGAUACGUAUCCAAUCCUGCGUUUCGUCCCAGGCUACUUGAGUCAGCUGAAGGCAUGGCACCAAGAUACUCUGGCUCUUUUUAAUGGGCAGCUGGACGCGGUGCGAAGACAGAUGCGUGAGGGGACUGCGAGGCCAUCAUUUGCGAAAUUCAUUGUAGAGCACCAGAAACAGUACCAGCUCGAAGAUCAGGAACUGGGAUACCUUGGAGGAGCGAUAUUUGGGGCCGCUUUUGAUACGACUGCGUCCGCAAUCACAUUUAUGAUAAUGGCUGCUGCCAUUCACAGGGAUGCGCAGGCUCGCGUACAAGAGGAGCUCGAUAACGUCGUGGGGCGUACGCGGCUGCCGACAUUUGAUGAUCAGGAAAUGCUGCCGCAGGUCACUGCGUUCAUGCUCGAGAGUCUCAGGUGGAGACCUGUCACUCUUGGAGGCUUUGCGCAUCGCGCGACUAAGGACAUCAUUUGGAACAACUACCUCAUUCCUGCAGGUGCGACUGUUAUCGGCAACCAUUGGGCUAUCGCAAAUGAUCCUGAAGUCUUCCCGGAACCACACAAGUUUAAUCCUCAGCGUUGGAUCGACGAUGCAGGUCGCGUGCGCGGUGAUCUCAAGUUUUUCACUUAUGGCUUUGGCCGUCGAGUGUGUCCUGGUCAGCAUGUCGCGAAUCGGUCGGUCUUCAUCAACACGGCUUUCAUUUUGUGGGCUUUCCGCCUUUCGGAGAAUCCUGCAACGAAGAUUGACACGCUUGCAUUCUCGGACACCGCAAACAUACAUGCUGCUCCAUUUGAGAUAUGUUUUGCCAAGAGGAUCGAUGAGAAUGUGGUCAGGGAACUAUGCGCACCGGGCAAAUAA